AUGCCAACCUCCAUAGCGACGAGCUCCAUCCGCGUCCUGCACAACACCUGCUGCGCGCGCCCGGUGCCACGAGUGCGCGAGGCCACGCCGGACGACUUGACGCUCAUCUCGGCCGACCACUUGCAGCUCGUCGUCAACGCCGAGAUCUUCUUCGAGGCAGGCCCGCCGCUACGAGACUUCGAGCCGGCCAAGAUCACGUUCCACCACGCCGAGACGGAAUCCUCGCACACGCUCUACGCCUUCCUCAUCUUCCUCCGCUUCCGCUCCCUCGACGGCCUGUGGGACGCCCACGACAUCAGGGACCACUGGCGGCACCUGUCCAACCUCGUGUCUUUCAUGCGGCGGUACGAGGCCGUGACGCACCUCGACCUCCUCGUGGCGUACUUCACCGAACGGCUUGAGGGCGUGCACGUCCUGCCGCCAAACUACGUCGUGCUGGCGUUCCUCCUCGGCGGGCGGCUGGGCAGCGUGCCACUGUGCCAGGCGGCCAUCCACCGCACCUGGCUCCCACCGGCCAACGGCUUCGGGGGGCUAGGGCUGAGCCUCGACGAAGACGAGGACGCGGCGCACAGUCUCGUGCCUGGGUGCAUGCCGCGGUCGACAGAGGAGCUCAUUCCCGUGCUGUACCGCUGGGCGCUGAGGCGCUCGUGGGACAAGGCAGGUGGGAACCAGUACUGGUGGGGGGCGUACUUUGCAGGGAUGGUCAUUAAGGCGACGAAGAGGGUCUAG